AUGGAGAACGCAGCCAACCAGAACGUCUUCAUCGAGACGGAACCGGACGAGGACGCUGACAUGGCCAACGCAGCCAACGAGAACGCGUCCGUCAAGCAUGAAGGAAACGAGGGCGCGCGCACCAGGGACGAAGACGAGGACGGCGAGGCCGCUCGCAACGCACCGGGACCUCCUCCCUUCAAGGCAUCCCGGACGUUCCGGUCUACAACAACGCGAACCAGCUUCGCGUUGAGAACUACGUGA